AUUCUGCCUUCGCCUUGGACUGCUCAUGCCUCGCAGCCCAAUCCGCUGCAUUCUCGAAGAGGAUGAAACGCAGAUCGAUGGUGCCUGGGCUGCGGAAGGCCAUGAGAAUCAGGCUAUUCCAUGGCUCAGAGCCCGUGCGCAAUGGUAAACGCAAGGAGACAUUUGUCCAAAUUGACACCAAGAGGCUGAAGGACGAACGGAUCGACCUGAGUUGCAAAGGAGUAAGGCCACUGUGGAUGAUAUCCACAGUCCACAGUCGAGCCUUCGAAGUCGCAGUCAUGAACUAUCCGACGUGCAGUGCAACCCAUCGAGCAGUGGCAGUGGCAGUGCAUGGCUUGGAUGAGCAGCUGGCCUUGCCGAGGGCAAGCCAGGCCAGUUGCACCCAGCAGCACCAGUUGCCGGCCUUAGACACUCAGGAGGUAAAAAGACUGCAAAUGCCACUGUGCAGCCGGAAGAAGCAAGGGUGAAGAGCCCGGUGAGCCCCAACAGGACUCCUUGAUCUGAGGAGGUCCACCAGCAGGCCGGAGUGAAACUGGUCUUCACUGCUGGCCACUGUGGAGUCCCAGGCCCACGAUCCAUACGUACUUGCCCGUACUUUUCUCUGUAAACUUCGUGCCGUUUGUUUCUUAUUUGGGUCGUGGCCUUGUCCCUCUUCCAUUUGCUGCAUUGCGAGCCAGUGACUUCUUUGAGCGCUCUGACAACAGCAGUAGAGAGCUCAACGAGUUCGUUAUGGUUCUAGCGGCUGAGGGUUGGAAGGAAUUAGGAUAGUGAGCCACGUAGUAUAUUCUGUAGUGCUUACUUUGAGCUCACAUCUGUUUGUAGGGUACGAGACGAGGCAUUUAUGGCUCGCCAAGGCAGAAGCAUUCCACUGUUGGUUUUGGUAGCGUUCGGAGUGCUGGCAGUUUUAGUAGAAAAGGCAUCGGCCAUGGACUUUUAUGUGGGUGAUACUACUGGUUGGGGUGUGCCUAAUGAAGCAACCACUUAUCAAGAUUGGGCUUCUAACAAAACUUUCCUCGCGGACGAUGUCCUCGUCUUCCAGUAUCAGCAAGGAACCCACAACGUUUUGCAAGUGUCGAAGAAAUCCUUCGAAAACUGCACCAUCUCUAGCCCCAUCGACAAGUUCGAGAGCGGUAAUGACAGGGUCACUCUGAUCGACUCCGACUAUUAUUUCAUUUGCGGCAUUUCCAUUCACUGCACGCUGAACCAGAAGCUGCACGUCAUAGUGUCGAACAAGUCCGAGGUUCCUGCACCACCAUCGAGUCCUCUUUCACCGCCACCAAAAGCAUCCCCAUUACCACCUCCAGGCUCAUCAGCUUCCGCGCUUCAACCUGCAGGAGCUCUAAUUUCCAUUUUGAUGAUGGUUGGAAUUGCUUCUCUUGCGUUGUGAGGAGUUCGGGAAUUUCGAAUAGAUUAGUAUAUGUCCAAUCUAACUCUACCAAUGGAAUGGCUCAACUUUGAAAUUGCCAUCUCACAACGUCCCCACUUCAUAUAUCUCUCCCUCUCGUUUCGGAGUCCUCUAGGAGACUACCAUUAGUAGACAAUUCUCACAUUUUUACGCGAAUCCGAUGCAAAUGUUCAUGAUUACAUCUGUUUAGCUCGGAUUCAGCAUCAGAGCCGAGAGACAAAGGUUCAGAUACAAAUUAUUCAAGCCCGAUCGAGGUAAACUAGAGUACAGAAAUUUAGCUGACAUUUAGCAGGAGAAAUGUUUGGAAUUAGUUCUAAAGUAUUUAACAUCACAGGCACAACUGGUCCUUAUAUAUCGAUAGAGAUUUACCGUGGCGCGUAUCGUCAGAUAUUUUCGACGGUGAUUUUGGCGUCUGGCAGACUCGGAAUUUUUGCUUAAUGUCCAUUCUACGAUCGAAUAAUGUUAAAGAACGACUUUUGAAUCUUAAGCCAUUCAAAGUUAGCUUUGUUAAACCUUCAAAAUAAAUCUUCUCUGAAAUGGA